CGGCGGAGCCGGGAGGAGGGGGCCUGUGGCGCGUCGGCCGCCCCGCUCUGUUCGGCGGGCUUGGCCGGGAGGCGUGCAUGCCCCUGCUGCCCGCCGCGCUCAUCAGCAGCAUGCUCUAUUUCCAGAUGGUGAUCAUGGCAGGGACGGUGAUGCUGGCGUACUACUUCGAAUACACCGACACAUUCUCCGUGAACGUGCAGGGCUUCUUCUGCCACGACAGCGCCUACCGCAAGCCCUAUCCGGGCCCAGAGGACAGCAGCGCGGUGCCCCCGGUGCUCCUCUACUCGUUGGCCGCUGGCGUCCCGGUGCUCGUGAUAAUAGUUGGAGAAACCGCAGUGUUUUGCCUACAAUUAGCCACAAGGGAUUUUGAAAACCAGGAAAAAACUAUUUUAACGGGAGAUUGUUGCUAUAUAAAUCCUCUGGUACGCCGAACUGUCCGAUUUCUUGGAAUUUAUGCAUUUGGGCUGUUUGCUACAGACAUCUUUGUAAAUGCUGGGCAAGUGGUGACAGGAAACCUGGCCCCACACUUCCUGGCCUUGUGUAAGCCCAACUACACAGCGCUGGGCUGUCAGCAGUUCACACAGUUCAUCAGUGGGGAGGAAGCUUGCACGGGCAACCCAGAUCUCAUCAUGAGAGCGAGGAAAACAUUUCCAUCCAAAGAAGCUGCCCUCAGUGUCUAUGCUGCCAUGUAUCUGACGAUGUACAUUACCAACACUAUCAAAGCCAAAGGAACCAGACUUGCUAAGCCUGUUCUAUGCUUGGGAUUAAUGUGUUUGGCCUUUCUUACUGGACUCAACAGAGUAGCAGAAUAUCGAAAUCAUUGGUCAGAUGUGAUAGCAGGCUUUCUAGUUGGAAUAUCUAUAGCAGUAUUUCUGGUUGUUUGCGUGGUGAAUAACUUCAAAGGAAGACAACCAGAAAAUGGGCACACACAUAGGGACAGCGCUGCCCGGAUGCCAAUGAUCAACAUUCCUCGGGUAGAAAGCCCUUUGGAAAAGGUAACAUCUGUGCAGAACCACAUCACUGCCUUUGCGGAAGUCACAUGAUACAGAAGCAGAUGGUUUUUCCCUGCACUGGACGUCAUCCCUUUUUACCAUCCAUUCAUAACAAAGUUUAUUUGAUUACACAGGAAAUUUAUAAAAACAUGUCUGAGACUUUUUAUAAUUUUAAAACCCAAUAGCACCCUCUCUGAGACCCUUUCUCCUCCCCCCCAAUAGACUGUGAGCUCCUCAGGAGCAGGGCCAUGGCUUUCCCUCCUGUAUUCCCGCCACCCAGCACAAAGCCCAGCACAAAUGUGUGGGUGUUCAGAGGAAACAUAAUGAUAAAACGAACAAGUUAAAUCUUAAAUAAAAUGGUCGCUUUAGUUUCUCAAAAAAAAAAAAAAAUCUCUGUGACUAUGUGGAAAAAAAUCCUCCACAUGGGUUAUAUUUGUAUAAAGGAAACCCUCUAUUUUGGGCUAGUUAAGCCUUUUUAAUUUUUCAUAUGUCUAUUCAGCAGUACAGCAUAUUUAAUUUAAAGUGGAUUUUGAAAGUCAUGGGGGCUUUUUAUUAUGCAGCAUGACAUUAUUUCCAUUCUAACAGAUGUCAGUGUGUGAAAUCACUUUACUUUUAGAAAGUAUGUCCUAUACUAAAUUGUUUGCUCAUUAUAUUAUGCUAUAUUUCACCUAAAACACCAUUCAUACUACACAUUCUAAGACUGGUGCUUCUGCUUUUAAAGGGGAAAAUGCCAAUUUUUACUGUCACUGAGUAAUAUAUCAUAAUUAAAAUUAUUUAUUUGGACUUUUUCUUUGACAGCUG